AUGUUCUAUUACAGCGCUGUGGGUAGCAACAACGGUAUGGGACAGCCAUCAACGUCAGCUAUCGACUCGAAGAUCGAACAAGCUAUGGACCUCGUCAAGACGCAUCUAAUGUUUGCAGUACGUGAAGAACUCGACGUGCUACGAGGGAAGAUCACUGAACUGGAAUCUAAUAUCAUCCGCCUCGAGACUGAGAAUGCCGUCUUCAAAGCAAAUAUCCCAUCUGACAUCCUUAAGGAAUUUGUCUCUUGA